UUUUCAUUAUUAUUUAUUUUAUUGUAAAAGAGAGAUGUAACGUUUAACGACAUGGUUUACGACAUUGUUACGUCAUACCGUUAUCAACAUUAAACCAGGCUUUACGACAACACGCUUGUCUACCGAGUACAUUACAAUAUGGGUGCAAAUUAAGACUAGCACAUCGGCUCCCAUCAGUAUAUUAAUGGAACGAAAUUUUAUCUGAAAUUAUUAUCUAUGUUAAACUAAAAGGUCAUAAUUGCAUUUAUCUAUGCCCUUACUGUUAUCUUCCAUACGUUAGCCGUUAUUAUCUGGUUUCCUUGAAGUAAAUUCGUGACGACGCUGCUGAUUGGCUGGCGCCGUGUUCGAUCGUCGAGCCUCCCUAAAAGCACUCGAUAUGUUCGUAGCUUUGGGCUAAUUGAACCGCUGAUUUUAACGAUACGGAUACAUGCCUAUUGUAUUUGCCCAUAUUCGCCCAAAAUUCUUCAGUCUCCCGAUAGCUUUCUCAGCUCUUCAUUGUUGAUGAGGCCUCAAUAGUUCCAGCGAAUGCCCUCCAAGCAAUUGACAGAAUGUUACAAGACAUCCCAGGCAUAGAUGUUCCAUUCGGAAGCAAGAUCUUCCUCAUGGGAGGAGACUUUCGUCAAGUGUUACCUGUAGUCCCAAAGCAAUCACAAACUAUUAUUGAAAACUGCCUCAAACGUUCCAUACUAUGGCCACACUUUAAAGUUGUUAAGCUGACAAAGAAUAUGAGGACACGCAAAAAUCAGCAACACUACGCGCAAUGGCUCCUACAACUCGGCAACGGCGAACUCAACAGCCAGCUGACUAAUGCACCACCAUCAUCUAUUGAAAUCCCAUCCCAGUGCAACAUCAUCAGCGAGCAGGACAACAUAGUGGAUGCUGUGUUUACCAAUGUAUCCGUUCCUCAAGAACUGUCUAACUCUGUGAUACCCACACCUCUCAAUGAGACACUAAAUGACAAAGUCAUAAAGAAACUACCAGGUUUGUCCAAAACCUACACCAGUACAGACAAAGCCAUCUCGCAUGAUGAAAACGAGGCCAACAACUACUCCAUGGAAUUCCUUUACUCCAUCACCCCUACCGGCAUACCUCCACACCGCCUCAUUUUAAAACCAGGAGCAAUAAUCAUGCUAUUACGCAACCUAGAUAUAACUAAAGAAUUCUACAACGGCACCAGACUAUACAUUAGGAACCUCCACGACUAUAUUCUAGAUGCCGAAAUCCUCACUCGAAGCCACGUCUCACAAAGAGUCCUCAUCCUGCGUGUUAAACUUGCUCCAUCCGACGCAAACAUUUCCUUCACACUACAGCGGAUUCAAUUUUCAAUCAGACUUGCUUACUCUAUGACUAUAAACAAGUCCCAGGGCCAGAGUUUCAACAAACUCGGACUCUACCUCCCAGCCCCUGUGUUCUCCCAUGGCCAGCUAUGUUGCCUUUUCACGUGCCAGAGGCUACUCCAACAUCUACAUCAAAGUGGACAAACAUUCAUCACAAGGCCUUUUCAACAACAGGACCCUCACGCAAAAUGUCAUUUACAAGGAAAUCUUUUAAAGGACUAAGGUAGCACCACCCCCAUAACCGACCCAACUUCUAAUAUCAAUCUACUACUACUGUAACCCUGUUUAAAUUUUGCUGUUUUUAUGGAGUAAACUAAAGGGAUGUCUUCAUUUUAGCUGGCUGUUUAAAUUUUUCUG